AAAUACACAACACUACUCAUUUCUACUAACAUAACCAUGGCAAACCAAACCUCCAAACAAAUAUUCAAAACCCUAUUGUCCUUCUUUCUAUUUGUUUUACUCCUCUCUGAUACCGUCUCAUCGGUCCGAAAAUCAAUUAACCUGAAAAAACCAUGCAAACGUUUCGUCCUACAUUUCCAUAAUAUCGCCUAUGAUGGUGAUAAUGCGGAUAAUGCCACAUCAGCAACAAUCGUAAACCCUUUAGGACUAGGAGACUUCAGUUUUGGAAAGUUUGUGAUAUAUGACAACCCUCUCACAAUGGAUGAGAAUUACCUUUCGGAACCAGUAGCUCGAGCCCAAGGCUUCUUCUUCUACAACAAGAAAACUACUUACAACUCGUGGUUUGCUUCCACAUUAAUAUUCAACUCGACGCAACACAAAGGAACAUUGACCCUAAUCGAUGCGAAUCCGUUCAUGGAGCCGACCAGAGACCUGUCGAUCGUUGGUGGGACUGGUGACUUUAUCAUGAGUCGUGGGGUUGUUACGUUCACGACCGAUUUCUUUGAAGGCAGUAAGUAUUUCCGUAUCAAAAUGGAUAUUAAACUUUAUGAAUGUUACUAAAAUAUGUUUUGGGUUUGAUGUUUGU